CCCGUAGUCAGACAGAUAAAAGUCGUUUACACCUUAUAGGAAACCCAAGAGCGAGCUGAGGUAUUGCAAACCUGGAAUCAUAAUGGGAGCGGUCGGGAUUCGUACACGUUCAUAAUUUUUUAAAAAACGUCACGAUAUAUCACGAGGAAUAUGUAAUAUCAACUCCCCAGCGACUGACAACACUGUAUACAUACAUCCUCUUUGUAAAUCUACUUCCUUGUGUAUGUGUGUGUGUUGGUCGGAGACAUGGCGACGACUGAUGCUCCGUGCAUGCUACAUCUUUUGCUGGUCUGUUUCCUUCAGGCAUGUCUUUCUCAACACGCAUCAGCCUUGUGGCAGUGUCACUGUACGAGCGGAUGUGACGUCAACUUCCGGUGCUCUAGUGACUGUCUCCAGGGCUGGUCUGGCCCCACUUGUGAGAGACGGAACAUAGCUCUGAACAGACCAACACAACAAAGCAGCACUCUCAAUGACUGUAAGUGGGCGAACACCUCCAAGGGAGAGGUGUGUGGAGAAAAGAAUUCCUCCUUGGCUGUGGACGGUGUGGUCAGCAGCAACUACUGGUCAGGGACUUGUACACACACCGCACUUAACCAGACAUUAGCAUGGUGGACAGUGGACCUGGGAGAGACGCACCUCAUCACUAACCUCACAAUAUUCUUCUUACGUCAAGAUCGAUUCCGAAAUUUCUUGGUACGGGUUGACGAUCGUCCCUGCUAUCAGAGCCAGACCAACAGUCCCAGCUCCCCCGUCAACAUCAGCUGUGACACACCCACACGUGGACAAUAUGUCACUGUCCAGCUGCCAACAUUGGCCGGCUCACACUACAUCCUCAAUCUCUGUGAAGUGGAAAUAUAUGAGUGUGCUGACGGGAGUUUCGGGUCUGGCUGUAGUUCCUGGUGCUACUGUAGGAACACAUCUGAGGUGUGUGACAAAACCACUGGACACUGUGAGAGUGGGUGCAAGGAUGGAUACACUGGGACGGGCUGUCAGAAAACUUGUCCUGAGGGACGCUAUGGUUCUGGCUGCAUGGAGACGUGUGGACAUUGUACUGGAGGAGAUCAGAACUGUCACAAUGUGAAUGGGACUUGUAGACAUGGCUGCCAGGAGUACUGGAGUGGAACAUUGUGUAAAGCUCGUGAGUGUCACUGUACAAGCGACGGAUGUGAUGCCGACUUCCGGUGCCCAAGUGGCUGUCUCCAGGGCUGGUCAGGCCCCACUUGUCAGAGACGAAACAUAGCUCUGAACAGACCAACACAACAAAGCAGCACUGUCAAUGACUGUAAGUGGGCGGACACAGCCGCCAAGAGAGGCGUGUGUGGAGACAAGACUUCCUCCCUGGCUGUGGACGGUGUGGUCAGCAGCAGCUACUGGUCAGGGACAUGUACACACACGGCAACAGGCCGGACAUCCGCCGGGUGGAGUGUGGAUCUGGGAGAGACACACCUCAUCACCAAUCUGAAAAUAUUCUUUUCACAUCCAGGUCGAAUUCGAGGUUUCUUGGUACGGGUUGACGAUCGUCCCUGCUAUCAGAGCCAGACCAACAGACCCAGCUCCCCCGUCGACAUCAGCUGUGACACACCCACACGUGGACAACGCGUCACUGUCCAGCUGCCAACAUUGGCCGGCUCGGAGUACAUUCUCAGUCUCUGUGAAGUGGAAAUAUAUGAGUGUGCUGACGGGAGUUUCGGGCCUGGCUGCAGUUCCUGGUGCUACUGUAGGAACACAUCUGAGGUGUGUGACAAAACUACUGGACACUGUGAGGGUGGGUGCAAGGAUGGCCGUAACGGGACUGACUGUCAGGGACUGUGCGCUGACGGAAGAUUCGGGCCUGGCUGUAGUUCCAGGUGCUACUGUAGGAACACAUCUGAGGUGUGUGACAAAACUACUGGACACUGUGAGGGUGGGUGCAAGGAUGGAUACACUGGGAUGGGCUGUCGGGAAAAUUGUCCCAAGGGACGCUAUGGUUCUGGCUGCAUGGAGACGUGUGGACAUUGUGCUGGGGGAGACGGGAACUGCUAUGAGAUAGACGGGUACUGUACAGAUGGCUGUCAGGACAACUGGAGUGGAACAGUGUGUAAAGAGUGCAGUGACUACUGGUUCGGUGACCAGUGUGACAGGGAGUGUAGAUGUAAGGACGCUUAUGAAGUGUGUGACAAGAGGACUGGCCAGUGUCACUCUGGAUGUGAAGACGGAUGGACAGGACUGGACUGUCAGACACAAUGUGACGAAGGCAGAUAUGGUGACGGGUGUUCAGAAGCUUGUGGUCAGUGUGCAGGGAAGUGCAGCCCUGUAAAUGGAUCAUGUGAUCAAGAAGGAUGUCGUGAUGGAUGGAAGGGGCAGAGAUGUGACGACGUGUGCGCUGACGGAAGAUUCGGGCCUGGCUGUAGUUCCAGGUGCUACUGUAGGAACACAUCUGAGGUGUGUGACAAAACUACUGGACACUGUGAGGGUGGGUGCAAGGAUGGAUACACUGGGAUGGGCUGUCGGGAAAAUUGUCCCAAGGGGACGCUAUGGUUCUGGCUGCAUGGAGACGUGUGGACAUUGUGCUGGGGAGACAGGAACUGCGAUGGAAUAGACGGAACU